CCGCGGAGAGGGGGACAUGACAGAGCGACUCGGAUAAAUGGCAAAGUUCAAAAUGAAGACCUUCCGGCUACGGGUGUUUUUUGUUUGGUGUUUUUUCCCUCUAUCCAGUGUUUUAUGUUUUAGUGAGUUAUCGUUCAUCACAGAGCCCAGUGAUAUCACUGUCUUACCAAAGGACUCAGCUGUGCUGGACUGCCUGGCUCAUGGGCAGCCCCCAGUCACCAUGAAGUGGCUUAAAAACGGAGUACCUAUGGCAGCAAGCGAACAUGCACAGUUCCUGCCCAACGGCUCCUUGUACAUACCGACCGUGAAGAACGACAGGGGGGACUCUGACGAAGGAUUCUAUCAGUGCCUUUCUCAGAACAAAUAUGGAGCUAUACUCAGCCAAAGAUCACGCCUGACCAUCGCAAGUAUUUCUGAAUUCCUGGCCCAUCCUGUGCCUGCGGGGGUCUCUGAGGGGUCGGUGGCUCGGUUCUGGUGCGCCGUCGCUGCCAGCCCUCAGGCCACCAUCACCUGGGAGCUCAAUCAAAGUCUGUUACCCCUGGAGACCGACAGAAUCACAAUCUUACCAAAUGGAGUGCUUCAGAUCCAGAAAGCACGGUUGGAAGACGCCGGACAAUACCGCUGCGUAGCGACCAACAUUGGCAAUCGCAUGAAGAGCAAAGAGGCUACUCUGACGGUCCACCAGGGGACAGCCCCUAAAUCUCGCCAGAAGCCCAGAAUCAUCGCUGGACCCCAGAACGUCACGGCGGCCAUGCAUCAAACGGUCGUCCUGGAGUGCGUUGCUACCGGCAACCCUCAGCCAAUCAUCUCGUGGAGCCGGGCGGACAGCAAGCCCAUCGACGUCUACAACGCCAAGGUGCUGGGCAGCGGCAACCUGGUGCUCACCGACGUCAAGCCCCAGCACAGCGGCAUCUACCUCUGCAGGGCGACCACCCCGGGCACCCGCAACCACACCCUAGCUUCCGCCAGCCUCACCGUCAUGGUGCGUCCAUCCAUUGUUGAGAGGCCAGAGAGCCAGACCCGACCCAGAGCUGGUACGGCCAGGUUCAUGUGCCAGGCGGAAGGGGUCCCCCAACCACGCAUCAGCUGGCUGAAGAAUGGCCAAAAGGUGCACCUCAACGGCAGGAUCAAGAUGUACAACAGCAAGCUGGUGAUCACCCAGAUCAUCCCUGAGGACGACGCCAUCUACCAGUGCGUGGCGGAGAGUGAGUACGGCAUGGUGCUGUCCCUGGCGCGGCUCAUCGUGGUCAUGUCGGAGGACCGUCCCAGCGCUCCCAAGAACGUCCACGCCGAGACCAUCUCCAGCUCCGCCAUCUUGUUGGCCUGGGAGAGACCGCUGUACAACGCAAACAAAGUCAUCGCCUACUCUAUCCAUUACAUGAAGGCUGAGGGUCUGAACAACGAGGAGCUCCAGGCCGUGAUCGGCAACGACACCACCAGCUACAUCAUCGAGGACCUGGAGCCCGCCCGCAACUACACCUUCUACAUCGUGGCCUACAUGCCCAUGGGGGCCAGCCGUAUGUCCGACCAAGUCAGCCAACACACCCUGGAGGACGUGCCCCUGCGGACCCCGGAGCUGAGCCUGACCAGCCGGAACACCAGCGACAUUCAGGUGGGCUGGCAGCCGCUGCCGGCCAAGCUGAGCCGAGGCCUGGUGUCCGCGUACCGGCUGUCCUACCGCACGGCGGCGGACCCCGACGUCACCGCCGUGGACCUGCCCCGCAACGCCACCGAGCACCACCUGGACCACCUGGAGCCCGACACCAUCUACCUGCUCCGCAUCGCCGUGGCGACCCGCGUGGGCUGGUGCGAGCCCAGCGCCUGGACCUCCCACCGCACGCCCAGGGUGUCGAGCAGCAAAGUGCCCGCUGCCCCCCUCCUCCACCUGGAGCCCCUGAACUGUACCUCCGUCAUCGCCCGCUGGCAGACAGCCCCAGGAAGCGUGGUGGUGCAGGGUUACCGCCUGUCCCACCACGAGGAAGGCCUCCCUGAGCAGCCCAGCGUCCAGCUCCCGGCCCUGCUCUCACACUACACCAUCAGCGGCCUCGAUCCAAGGACGAAGUACCAUGUGAAGCUGUUGGCCUUCAGCCAACUGGGAGACGGCUACCAGUCAGACCAGACCAUCAGCACUCCUGGAUGUGUUUCGGUGAGAGACCACCUGUCCUCCGUGCCCCCGGCCCCCAGUCACGUGACCAUCACGGCCAACGGGUCUUCUUCGGUGGUGGUGCGCUGGAGUCGCCCGGCCUUCAUGGCAGGGAAGGCCCUGAGCUUCAGUGUCCGCUGCACCCCCGUGGGGACGCACAACGCCACCGCCGUACGCUACCUGCAGACCAUCAAGCAGAACAUGACAGUCCGGAACCUCAGUCCAAACACGCGCUAUGAGUUUGUGGUCCGUCUUCAACUGGACCAGAUGUCCAGUCCCUGGAGCUCAGUGGUCUACCACCAGACCCCCGCCGCCGCCCCCACCCAGCCGCCGUUGGCCGUGCGGAUGACCCUGAUCGAGGACGACACGGUGCUGGUGUCCUGGCGGGAGCCUGCGGACCCCCUGCUGGUGGUCACCCACUACACCCUCCUCUACGCCUCGCAGAAGGGCUGGCUGGCCGGGCGCUGGAUGAUCCUGCAGCGGGACGGGAGCAACACCAUGGCCCUGCUGGAGAAGCUGGAGCCUGGGAACAUCUACCUGGUGAAGAUCUGUGCUGCCAACCAGUUCGGAGAAGGUCCCUACUCCAGCCUGGUGGACGUGGCCCUGCCCCGGGCCAGCGGGCACCGCAGCAAGACCCCCCGGCACUCGGACAGCUUCCCCGAAACACCAGCCCAUUCCAACAGCGUCUACCACAUAGACCAGCGAUCGAUGACAGGCAUCAUCGUGGGCGUCUGCAUCGCGCUCUCCUGUAUCGUCUUGUGUGCCUUUAUCCUCAUCAACAAGGGAAGAUCCAGGAAACCGUCCGGUCGGAAGAUGGUCGGCGUGCUGAGCGGCGACGGGGCGCAGGCGGGCGGGCAGCCGCCCUCGGAGAACGCUGAGGUCCUCGUACCCAUGAUGAGACCGCCCUUCAUAGACGCCAAGGGCGGACCCAGCAGGCUGCUCAGCCCCUCCGGCCCGCUGCACAGCGCCACCAGGACCAAGAAAUGGCGACUCUUCUCCAGGGAGAAGCAAAAUCCAAACAUAAGUGAUGCGGAGAAGAGGGCCUGCCUGUACGAGGCGGGUAAGACGGUCCUGCGGUACGAGGAGAGGCCGGGGUCCGCUGCCCUGCCGCCAUUCUCCCGGGAGAUCAUCUUUGGUCCGCAGCCCCACCAGGACCAGCCCCCCGAGAGCUGGCACACCGGCGAGGGCAGCCAGGAGACGGCCGACUCGGGACACUACUCCCAGGAGGAGACUAGCAGCUCCUCGUCAGGCAGCAGCCACGGCCCAGCGGAACCGCCUUUCUCCCGUCCUGCCGACAGCCCCGCGGUCGUUGCCGUGGUUGGGGAGCUCACUCCAUCGCUCAGGGUGGAAGACAACAAGAUUGAAAUCUGCGCCCUCCCUCACUGGCCCCCUGAGGCGCUGAUGGUCUCCCUGCCGUCCGUGUUCCCGCCCCACCCAGCCGGUUCCUGA